AUUUCUUUUCUAAGCAAAGAAUGCGUGUUAUGCAAAUAUUUUGUGGUCCGAAUUUGGAUUUUUAUCAAAAAAGUAUUAUAUGUGCAUUAAAUAUUUAUGGUUAACAAUUCUAGUCAAUGUUUAAUUUCUGUCUCUCAUCCCACUCAAUCUUAUCGCAACUCGGCAUUCUCGAUUUAAUCGCCUUUCAACAACCAGCUAAGAUUUGUUGACACAAAUUCUUCCCAACGUCUUUAAUUUUUCAUCAGCUAUGGAGAUUUUGGUUGAGUUUAAUUGAUUCUCAUUAGUGUUUGUUGGCCAUGCUGCGGUUGUUUCCGGCAGUGAUCGGCCUCUCCACAGAGGACUCCUCCAACUCUGUCGCACACAAUUAUCGCUUCUCUCAACUCAUUUCUGCUGUUGCUGUUUCCGAAUUCUCUCUAGUUGAUUGUACUCAAUUUACCGAUGGCUGCUCAGAGUCACGGCGUUAGUCUUAGGGGCCUUCUCUGCAAUGCUGGCGCCGGCGCUGCGGCUGGUGCGAUUGCAGCUACUUUUGUAUGCCCUUUAGAUGUUAUCAAGACUAGGUUACAGGUCCAUGGGCUUCCCCGGCUUGCAAAUGCUAAUAUCAGAGGUAGUGUUAUAAUUCAAAGUUUAGAACAGAUAUUUCAGAAGGAGGGAUUACGCGGUAUGUACAGAGGACUCUCCCCUACUAUGCUUGCCAUGUUUCCAAAUUGGGCAGUGUAUUUCACAAUUUAUGAACAAUUAAAGAGUUUUCUUGGUUCCGAUGAUGUAAAUCAGCAGCUCUCUGUUGGUGCAAGUAUGGCGGCUGCUUCUGGUGCUGGAGCUGCAACAGCAAUCACGACAAAUCCUCUUUGGGUUGUCAAAACAAGGUUUCAGACACAAGGGAUGAGAGCAGGUGUGGUGCCGUAUAGGGGUACAUUAUCUGCCUUAAAAAGAAUUGCACAUGAAGAGGGCAUUCGUGGAUUGUAUAGUGGACUAGUGCCAGCUUUGGCUGGUAUAAGUCAUGUUGCUAUUCAGUUUCCAACAUAUGAAAAGAUAAAGAGUUAUCUAGCUAAACAAGGCAACACAACGACUGAUAAACUCAGUGCAAGUGAUGUUGCUUUAGCUUCGUCCGUUUCAAAAAUAUUUGCUUCGACCUUGACAUAUCCUCACGAGGUUGUCCGUUCAAGACUUCAAGAACAAGGUUACCACUCCGAGAAGCAAUAUUCUGGAGUGGUCGACUGCAUCAAGAAGGUUUUCAAGCAAGACGGCAUCCCUGGUUUCUACCGGGGUUGUGCCAUCAACCUGCUGAGGACGACCCCAGCUGCUGUAAUCACAUUUACCAGUUUUGAGAUGAUUCACCGAUUUCUCGUUACAUUGUUCCCUCCUGAUCAACACCCUCAACCAUUGAGAUGAUCAGGGUACGUCGCCUGCUUCAACAGACACAUUGUUUCUUAGCAGCAGUCCUAUAUAUGCUGUGCCUAGGAGCCCCCAUUAGUGAUUGUUUCUGUAUUCUUAUACUCCCUCCGUCCCUGAUUAAUUGUCACUCUUUGACCAGGCACGAGUUUUAAGAAAUAUAAAGAAAAGUUGGUUGAAAAAGUUAGUGGAAUGUGAGACUCACUUUAUUAUAUUUGUUUUAUAAUAAAAUGUGAGUGAAGUGAGUUAGUAGAAUGUGAGACCUACUUACCAUUUAUGGUAAAAAUGAAGCGUGACAAUUAUUGAGAGAUGGACCGAAAUAGAAAAGAGUGACAAUUAAUCGGGGACGGAGAGAGUACUUAGGAAGACAGUUUUUUGUUAGGAUGAUGAUGGCGAUAAUUACUUGUACAGAACAUCUUCCGUUACUGUUUGCUGUAUACACAUAAGUUUAGUGGAUAUUUGUGGGCUUGGAUUCCUUAGAGUCCAAUUAUUGUAUUCA